AUGACAGGUAUCUCGUGGAAUUAGUCGAGGUGCUUAAUAAAAAAGAAAAAGAUUCCUUAAAUUCAAUCCGGUUAUCCUAACUCUGUCAUGCAAUCCCUUUCCGAACUAAGAAGACUCAUGUCAAACACCGGCCUAAUGUAAAUAUACAAAGUUAUGUUAUGUAAGCCCUGAGCUAGGUGGGAAGACUCAUGUCAAACACCGGCCUAAUGUAAGUGUACCAAGUUUGGUUAUGUAAGCCCUGAGCUAGGUGGGAAGUAGGUUUUGCACUUUGCCUCGGUAAGUGGCUUCAACACACUCACCUAUAUGAAUAUUAUGCUUGUGUUAUGUUCUUCACUAAGUUCGUAUGAACUCCAAGAGAUUAUAGAUCUUUAAGGCAACUUUCUUCCAUAUGAUUUUUUUUCUACCUUAUUCCCCCUUAACACAUUCAGUUGUCACGUUGUAUACACCUGCAUUCGGUGUCGGAGUUACUUCCUCAUUCGUUAAUUUUAAACACAUCUGAGCAAGAAAUGUGAAAAUUUUAUCAAUCAAACCUAUUAGUUAACAGUAAAAUAAGUCUUACAUUGUUUUGAUUGGAUGUUUUGUUCCUUCUUUUGUUUAAUCUCUUGAGAUCUCUUGUACUUAAGGUGACAUAUUAUCCAACUGGGUUUCUUGUGGUAUUAAUCUGAAAAGAGCUGAUCCGAAACCGAACCAAACUGACAAUGUGUGUAGCAUUUCUUAUUUUUUAACAUAUACAGGAAAUUUCUAACAUGAACAUUUUGUAACAAUUUUCGAGGUUUGUGUGUUUUCUGGUAGCUUUGACGUGAUCUUAUGUAGACUUUGUUUGUAUAAGAGCCCUUUGCUGGUAGCCGUUGCAUUAUUGUCUUCUUUUGCUUUUCAAUUGAGAUAGGGACAGUGUCAAACUCUAGAUCAUAAGUCAACUUAGAGAUUUUUAGCAUUCAGUAAGCAACAAAGAAUAUGCCCCAAUUUCUUUGUUCUGUGCAUUUUUAAGAAAUAGUCAGUCUUUAACUACUUCGUAUUUUAGUUUAUCAUUUGUCAGCAGCUAAUGCCUCCCACUUAGUACUGAUAAAAGUCUUUAUUAGGACCUUGCUCUAAGCUUAGUGGGCAAGUGGGCAACUAAGAAGCUAUUACAUUAAUGUUGAAAAGGGUGUUACUUUGUCCUAUAAAAGCCAGUAUUCCCUACUCAACUAUGCAACACAAGUCUUAGUUCUAUCCUUCACUUCUCUAAGUAUAACUUGUUCCAAUCAAAAUGAAAAACUUUGGGAAGUUGGGCCAAUGGUCCUUUCUAACAGCUGCUUUUGCAAUUUACUUAGUAGCCAGCACCGUUGUUGCUGAUUACUCUUAUGAGUAUACUUCUCCCUCACAUUCUCACAACUCUAACAAGUACUACAAAUCACCAUAUCCAUCCAAGUACAAUGUACCCACUCCUUACUACAAGAAACCUUCUUCAUCACACUACUACUACAAAUCACCAGCACCUUCAAAGCACGCCUAUUACAAGUCGCUAUCACCAGUAAAAUAUUACAAAUCACACUUACCAGCAAAACAUUACAAGUCGCAAAUUGUAACAAAGUAUUAUAAGUCUCAUGCUCCAUCAAAACAUUACUACAAAGCACAUGUUCCUUCAAAGCAUUACUACAAGUAUCCAUCUCCUUCAAAGCAUUACUAUAAGUCACCCGUUGCAACAAAGUAUUACAAGUCACCUACUCCUUCAAAGCAUUAUUAUAAGUCACCUACUCCUUCAAAGUAUUACUACAAGUCCCCAACUCCUUCAAAGAACUACUACAAGUCCCCAUCGCCUGCAAAGUACUAUAAGUCGCCUACUCUAUCAACACACUAUUACUACAAGUCACCAUCCCCAACAAAUUAUUACAAAUCACCCUCUCCAUCGAAAUACGACAACCCGCCUUCACCAACAAAAUAUUACAAGUCACCAGUUUACUACAAGUCUCCACCACCACCACCAACUUAUUACGAGAAAUCACCUUCGUACUACAAGUCACCUCCCCCUCCACCAAAAUACUAUGAGCAAUCUCCUAAGUACUACAAUUCACCUCUACCCCCACCAAAGUACUAUGAACAAUCACCAUCUUCAUACAAAUCUCCACCACCUCCACCAAAAUACUACGAGCAAUCACCAACUUACAAGUCUCCACCUCCACCAUACUACCAAGAAUCUACACCUUCGUAUAAAUCUCCUCCACCACCUCCAAAAUUCUAUGAACAAUCACCUGCAACCUACAACUCACCACCUACUCCAAAGACCUAUGAAGAAUCACCAUCAUACUACUCACCUCCACCACCGCCGUUCUACAAGGAAACACCCACCUAUGCUUCACCUCCCCCACCUACGAAAUAUGAGCAAUCUACCACCUAUGCUUCACCUCCACCCCCAUCAUCAUCUCCUCCACCAACCUACUACUAAUAUUCAAAUCCUUCUCUUGAAUCAUUUUCCGCCAUCUCCAUGACUUAUUAACUUCUUUUCAUCCUCCAUCCGAAUCUGAUCAUUUCUUUUGCCAACAUUUGAUGUAUGCUUCCCAAAAGGGCUGGCUUUACGUGUUGUAUGUUCUUUUGUUUUAAUAAUUUGUAAUAUUUAUCAUUGGAGAUUUCAGUAAGAUCCUUGAGAUCUCCAUCAUUUUGGCUUAUUGUAUCAAGAUUCUAUUUUGGUGUAUUUUAUCAAGAAUUCUACUUUGCUCAAUACUAUCUUCAAUUUAUCUAAUAUUUCUCUUGAGGAUUUUUUUUCUCAAUUAUGAUUUAUAACCUAUCUUCUACAAAAUUUUAACAAGAAAAAAUAAAAAGAUGAGGGAAUUGCAAGCUAUGGUCAUGGAUCGAUUCGUCAACAAAAGCUCUUUGGCUUACUGGCUACUGCUGUAUUUUGGAUAUGGAUUAUAAUUGUACUUUGGUUUUAAGAAAAUAAAAUUAUAGGCAUAUGCAUUAUUUUCCCCUUGCCUUUUCUACUCUUUCGACCAGCUUCUAAGCUACUUCAAUAAUUGUAAUCAUUCAUCUGGUUUCGAGCUUGUUCCAAGAUCCGUCUUUUCCCUUGCAUUUGCACAUAGAUAUAUGUAUAUCUAGACUGUGCAGAUUUGUUAUCAAGCUGAUAAGGGGGUAAAGUUAGCAUUUUUAAGUAUUUUGGGUUGAUGUGAUUUUGAGGAUUCUAAUACUUAUACAUUUCAUUGGUUGAGAUUCUCAAUUUGGCUGAUAACAUAUUUUGCUUGAAAGGCCUAGGUUCCA